AUGGCGCACCACGCUGAAGACCACAGCUAUCACCCUCAGGAUGCCAUGUCAGUCGCCAUGAAGGCUACCAUGCUGACUGGUACUGUUGGUCUGUUCGGUUCCGCCAUUCAGAACACUCUCUCCCGACAGAACCACGGACCGCUAGGUGUCUUCAUUCGCAGCGGUGGCACUAUUGGUGCCUUUGCUGCUGUCGGUGGUACCUAUGCCUUUGUUAAGACCGCUUCCGCCAACCUGCGCGAGAAGGAGGACCACUACAACACCGCACUUGGUGGCUUCUUCUCCGGUGCCAUUCUCGGUCUCAGACUCCGCACAUUCCCCGCUCUGCUUGGAUACGGUGUCGCCGUGUCGACCGUUAUGACCGCAUUCGAGUACACCGGCGGUUCUCUGUUCGGAUAUAACAAGGACACAUCGGUUGACGAGUUUGAUCGUCGCCAGCAGCUGCGCAAGGCGUUCCAGACUCCCGGAGAGCAGACCGUCGCUGAGUUGGGCGAGGGACGUGGUAUUUACGGCCCCGGCUACGAGGAGCGACGCGCCGAGCGCAUUAAGGAGGCUUACGGCGUCGAGGUUCCCACAUCCCCGGUCCCUGCGUCAUAA